ACACACACACACACACACACACACACACACACACAAGCUGAGUACUGAAAUGAUUAGAAACCUUGCCACAAAAGAGAGGCCCCACGUUCCAUUCCCAAGCUGGGUAGAGACAGAUAGGCAAUCUCGUUCAAUCCGUGCCUUUUAUCAACCCUGCAGUGAAGGGUAUCGGGGGUCAGUCGUAGCUUGUGUCCCGCCUCCCGGGUGUGUGUGUGUGUGUGCUCCCCAAUCCCCUCAAAGUUACCAUCCCCUUUCUCCGCUAAGGUCCUUGCAGCGUCUCUCCGUACUUUUACAAUUCAAAGGUUACCUUUGAAAUACACAUCUUCAGAUUGAAAUGAAACUUCACAUCGCAGUGAAGACCGUCAAACAGGCCAUCGUGAAGGCCACUCUCAUGGGUGCCGUGCUGGGCCUUGGUGCCCUGCUCGGCGGCGCGGCGUGGAAGGCCGCGACCACCGCCUCGCGGGUGUGCGAGGCGGUGCAGGCGUGGGAGGACAAGGGCCUCCACGCCACCAACGUGUGGCGGGCGCGGGAGGUGCUGGCCCGCCAAGGGUGGCUCGGCCCCCUGCGCCCCAGUCCCCCUCUGGACCCCCUGGAGGCUUGCGGGCUGGUGCCGGGCGAGGCGUCGGCCUGCUGGUGGCGGCUGCUGCUGCAGCCCCGCCAGGCAGGGCGGCUCCUUGCCUGCCUGGAGGAGCGGGUGGUCGAGGCCGAGGCCGACCACGAGGCUUUCGGGGCCCGCCUGUGCUGGGGCAUCAUCCUGGCGCUGGUGGUGCCUCUGGGCCUCAUGGCCGCGCGUCGCCUCGUCCGCCGCUCAGUGAAGGGGGUUAAUGGGCAUCAGGGAAGCCCAAGCGACGACUGUUUCGUGGAUGCCCCUGAAGCCGAUGCCGGCGAGGCACUGGUGGAAGAUUGGGCAACCCCGGCAGCCGAUGUGGAUGUAACGGAGGAAACUUGGACAACAGCGACAGCAGUUGUGGAAGAGUUGAUGGUGAAGAAGGAGGAGAGCAGCGCCACGCCACCAGACGAUGAGUCUGUGACUGUAGAGUCAACUACACCUACAGUCUUAUCAUCCGCUGUAGAGGACUGUAUGGCGUCUGAGGUGGUGAAAGAUCCUGAGAAUAUGAAUGUGUUGGCCACUGCAGAGACUGUGGAGUGUGAGGAGGUGGAGGAAGAAGGCGGUGGCACAGUGUACACAGAGGUGGAAAGUACAGAUGACGAUGCCGAUAACAAGGCCGCCGAUAAAACAGAGGAAGCGGCCGAAGUGUCGUUAGUUCCAGACGACUUUGUGCAGAACAAAGUGGUGAGCGAGGACCCCGAGGGUCUCGCGGGCCAGGAGACGCUGAGCUGCACGCUGGCGGCGGAGGCGGCGCCCUCCGAGGGGAAGGAAGAGAAGAAAAAGAAAAGGAGGAGGAAGCGCAAGAACCUUGGCCCCGCCGAUGUGCUGAAGGGAUCUGGUGACGCACAAGUCAAAGACGAUCACAAGACGGAUGCCAAGACUGAGGUCAAGGAGGAGAAGGCGCCAAAGGCUGAAGCCAAGGGAAAGGCGGUGCCAAAGCCUGAGGUCAAGAAGAAGGCGGCGCCAAAGGCUGAAGCCAAGGGAAAGGCGGUGCCAAAGCCUGAGGCCAAGAAGAAGGAGGCGCCAAAGGCUGAGGUCAAGAAGAAGGCGGUGCCAAAGCCUGAGGUCAAGAAGAAGGAGGCGCCAAAGCCUGAGGUCAAGAAGAAGGCGGUGCCAAAGCCUGAGGUCAAGAAGAAGGCGGCGCCAAAGGAUGAAGCCAAGGGAAAGGCGGUGCCAAAGCCUGAGGUCAAGAAGAAGGCGGCGCCAAAGGAUGAAGCCAAGGGAAAGGCGGUGCCAAAGCCUGACGUCAAGAAGAAAGAGGCGCCAAAGGCUGAAGCCAAGGAAAAGGCGGUGCCAAAGCCUGACGUCAAGAAGAAAGAGGCGCCAAAGGCUGAAGCCAAGGGAAAGGCGGUGCCAAAGCCUGAGGUCAAGAAGAAGGCGGCGCCAAAGCCUGAGGUCAAGAAGAAGGCGGUGCCAAAGCCUGAGGUCAUGGAAAAGGCCAAAUCUGUGGUGAAGAAUGUUACGGAGAAAGUCACCAGGAGGAAAAAGAAGCCCGCCCCGGCCCAGCCCAAGGCAGCCCCGCCCAGCCCGCCCCUCCACAGCGUGCGGCAGUCCUGGCAGGAGGACGUGGUGACGGUGCGGCUGCCGGUGCCGCCGGCCAGACGCAGGCACGUCAUCGGCCCGCGCGGGGACACGGUCCGGCAGCUGCGGCGGGACUACCCCGGCGUGCACGUGGCGGUGCCGCUGCCGAAGGACGCCGACGCCCACGUAACCUUCAGGGGCCCCAAGAGCCAGGCGGUCGCCGCAUCGCGGGAAGUCGCCGCGCGCCUCCAGGAAAUCGAGGCUCAGCUACGCGAGGCUGCACGGCUCCGCCAGCAGGCCGUGGCCACGGCGGUGCUGGACGUGGCGCCCAACAGGCGGCGCCUCGUGGUGGGCCCCGGGGGCGAGGAGCUCCUGAAGCUGCAGCAGCAGCACCCCGGCGUGAGGGUGUCUGUGCCGCCCGCCAUCGACACGGAGUCCCGCAGCGUCACCAUCACGGGGCCGCCCGCCGAGGUGCGCGCCGUCCAGGCCAAGAUCAAGAACCGCCUGGCAGCGAUCGAGCGGCAGCGGCAGCUCCUGAGGGCCCGCAGGCGGCGGCGACACCGAGGAGCGGCGUCAGGGGCUUCCCCGGCCAAGGGUUGCUAAGGUGUUGACGCCAGUGUCGCGUGUUGCCGCUGCGUCAGUGCCCACACAGUGUUGUGGCGACAAGCGGGGAAUGUUUCGGGGUUUUCACAGGGAUUACUUACUUAACUGUUUCUUACUUAAUAUCUGAUCAUUCAGUAAAAUCUUAAUCUUAUUGGUAUUCUCAUUAUAUUUUUACUUUUAAUAACGACACUAACAUCUACUUAACGACUUCUUUCCUCAUGGAUCUGAACUAUUCCUCUUAUACUGCAAUACACUAACUAUACCAGCAGCAGAAGUCUCGGAAAUAAGGUGGAUUCACUGAGGAGAAAAGCGUGUGUAUCAGAAUAGUAUAUUAUAGUAAUCACAUACACUUGUUGAAUUUGGAAUAACUGGUCCCCGGAUGUUUCACAUAGUCGAUGAAGUCUUUGGGGCACACCUUUGCAACGGUGGUUGAGUGUUGCGUUGUGUUGUGGCGUUGGUUGGCUAUAUCACCCCAAGGAAGAGAGGAAAGAAAGGGAGGAGUUCCACUUUUUGUACAACGACACAUUUGAUGUUUUAAGUAUUCAGUUCUAACAGCCG